AUGUCCGAAAGCGUGCAGGUCCAAGGCGAGGCGGCCAAGCACGCCCGCAAGCAUGCUUGCGAUGAGUGCCGGACGCGCAAGAUCAAGUGCGAUGCAGUGAGACCGGCCUGCCUCAGCUGUCUGUCGCGAGGCUUGGGAGCAACUUGCACGUACAAGGCCAAGGUCAUUGCUCGCACGGAGGGCCAUCAGAAGAAGCGCGCAAGGCUCGAGGGCGGCGAGCGCAUCCCUUUCACGACCGGUGGAGAUCACGCUCCUCCUUCUUUGCCACGCAGGCCGAUCAGAGUGAACGCGUUCGACGCCUUCGGAAACGCCCAUGUGAUGCGGAGGACAACGAGAGGCGCAGCCGACAAGCAAGCGUCCACCUUGCCAUCCAGCAGCGAUCCCGGCCUGGCCUCGCAGGUGUAUGCCGUGGCCGAGAUGUGUCCCCAGCCGGACAAGAUCUUCGAGGCGAUGGAGUUCUACAUCGAUCGUGUCGAGCCAACGGUGGCCUUGUUCAACACCGUCCUGCUGCGCCAUCACAUGGGCCUCUUUGUCGAUGUCAUCACCUCCAUCCUCAGCAAGCCGCUGCGAGCCGUCUUGGAGGUCGACGAGGACGGCGACAGACGCGGCCGCACAGCACCGGGCGCGUCCUCCAUCUCGCCGCCCCGCCAGCGCGUGCUCAUCGCCAUGGGCCUGUCUUUGCUCGUACUUGUGCUUCACCACAUGCCCGUCUCUGAAGUGAUCGCCAGGCAGCUUGUGGAGUGCGACACCCCCGAAGAGGUUGUCUUGAGCCAAGCAUCGCUCCAUGACGCCGCCAUGAGCAUGCUCCAGCAGUCCGACUACCUGCAGCAGCCGAGUCUGUGGACCCUGCAGACCAUCGCCCUCAUGCGCCUCUACUGGUUCGAGCGUAUGUUGUUUAGCCACUGCACCGUCUGGAACCUCACCGCGAUCCGACUCGGGCAUUCCAUGGGCAUCGAUAGGCUCGGCAGUCUGCUGGAUGAUCUCGACAAGGAGGAAGAACGUGCAAACGUCAGUCACACCGAAGAGCAGGACAAAAAGGACAGCGAGCACUGGCUCGAAGUGAUGCGUGGCUGGGCAAGCGUGUGGGUGCCGCGCUUCGAAGAGCAGGACCUAGCCCUGCGCGAGCUGGGCCGGCGGGUGUGGUGCAACCUUGUCACGGCCGACUGCAUCCUGAACUCCCACGUCGACUGCUUCUUUGCGACGCCCUCGGUCGGUGCAAAAGUGCAUCGGAUGCAGACCAAGCCUCCGUGGCCGGGGAUCGGCGACGAGGACGUCUUUCUGCUCCAGGAGCCGGGCGAACGAGGCGACCGUUUGCGAGCAAGAGCCAGGCAGACCACGCACGGGUCGUCGCAUGAGAGCGGGCUUCUCGCCUCGGCCCAGUUCACUCGCCAGAUCGCCGAGAGAGCGCCGGGAGAGCCUUUUGACCGGCCGAGGUUGGAUCGCCUCCUCACCCUGCUGCCAGACGGUCCGAUGCCCAAUCUCGACGACGACCGCCGCCUGUUCCUGGAGUGGUGCAUCCAUAGCGUCAUCCUCCGCAGCGGUCUCCCUGGGCUCACAACGGCGCUAAAACCGGGCAAGAGCGUUCUGCUGAAGACGUGCACCUCCUCGGCCCUCGGGCUGGUCGAUGUGAGACGGAGGAUGGAGCGCUCCGGCCUGCCCUGGCGCAGGCUGAUCCUUGCGCGCACCGUGCUCUUUCAGGCCGUGCUGGUCCUCGUGGCCGUCUUGCUCGAGAAGCCGGCCGACUCGACGAUUGCACGCGAUCUCGACCUCGGUCGCAUGCGCGCCGAGGCCGACGAGGCAAUGGGCCAUCUCCGGCACGACAUCGAUGUCACGGGGAAACGCAAUCCGGUCGAGCUGCCCGCGCUGGAGGCCCUCGAGAAGCUCUAUGGGCGUGCUGUUGCACCAACACCAAGACAGGACAGCCUGUUUGAGCAACUGGAGAUCCCCGGGGAAAGCGUGGACUACGAGGAGGAUGUCCAAUGGCUCCUGUCGCUCCUCUGGCAGGGCAGUGGCGACCAUUGA